AUGGACUUGUUGCUGUAGCUGUCGCCCUCAAUUUACCGCUUCUCCCCCUUUCGUGAGCCCUGCCGUUGGUUUCGCCCCGCGCGGACCAUAGCGACGGAGGGCGCGCCGAAAGAAGAUGGCGGUGGUGGCUCCGCCGUUGCUGCCGGCUUCGUGAGCGCGGCGCUCACUCUUCUCUCUGUCCCGUCCUCGCUCCUGCACGCGGCUCUCCCGGCUGCUCUCAGCCUCUUCUUUCUCGCCGGGGCCGUAGAAAUCAUGUCGGACUCGGAGGAGGAGGAGAGUCCGGACCGCCAGCUCAAGCUGGUGGUGCUGGGGGACGGCACCACCGGCAAGACAUCCUUAGCUACCCGUUUUGCUCAAGAAACGUUUGGAAAACAGUACAAACAAACCUUAGGACUGGACUUCUUCUUGAAAAGGAUAUUAUUGCCAGGAAAUCUGAAUGUUACUCUUCAAGUGUGGGAUGUAGGGGGACAAACAAUAGGAGGCAAGAUGCUGGAUAAAUAUAUUUAUGGAGCUCAGGGCAUUCUAUUGGUUUAUGAUAUUACCAAUGGCCAGAGUUUUGAAAAUUUGGAAGACUGGUAUAAUGUGGUAAAAAAAGUGAAUGAAGGAUCAGAAACACAGCCACUUGUGGCCUUGGUUGGAAAUAAAAUUGACUUGGAGCAUAUUCGCACAGUGAAAGCUGACAAGCACCAACGAUUUUGUCAGGAAAACAACUUCAGUAGCCAUUUUGUGUCAGCCAAGACAGGAGAUUCUGUCUUCCUGUGUUUUCAGAGAAUUGCUGCUGACAUACUCGGCAUCAAAUUAAACAAAGCAGAAUUGGAACAAUCACAGAGAGUGGUGAAGGCAGAUAUUGUCAACUACAGUCAGGAGCCUGUGACAAGAGCCAUCAAUCCUUCCAGGAGCUCAAUGUGUGCAGUUCAGUGACCAUCCUGUUCUUCUCUGGCUUGACACAUUUGCAGUGCUCCUGCCUUGAUGCAGGCUCUGAGACACCAGGAACUUUGUUUUAACAGGGACCAGCACAACAAUGCCAUUAGAGGUUUCAGAAACAUCUUCACCAUUGUCCAUUAGGAAGCAGCAGGCAGUUUUUUGACUGGCUCAAAUUCAAACAUGAGACUACACACUUGAAAAAUUUCAGUCUAUAUUCUUUAAAAUUAUGUUUAAAUGAAACUGUAUAACUGUGUUUAUGUUUCCUCCUCUCUAUUUGACUGAUACCAGAAUAAAAAUAGAUGAGGAGGCCCUGCACUCAAAAUGCUUUUAAAGACAUCACCACGGAGGGGUAUUUUGCCAAAGCAUUUUUAAUUUUUUUUUCUCCAGUUAUUUGAACUAACACUCAAUAAAAUGGUACUUGGAGAAGCUGUUGUUGGAAUAAUUUUAAACACAUAAUAUAUAUUUUAUCUAGGUAUAAUUUUGAAAGUGUUCAAUUAAUAUAUAUACACUUAGCACAAAAUGUAUAAGUUGUAUCCAGUGAGAAAUGGUGCUUGAAAUAAAGCUGUUGUUAUAAAAAUAGUUACUUCU